AUGUCGAGGGUGAGUUCCAAUGCGUCUUUGGAAGCUGACAUGACAGUUGACUCUCUCCUCGCCAAGCAGGGCAACAUUACGGGCGUCUCCGAAAUCCUGAACGGAUGCUUUGGCUCUGCCUUCCCCGCCACCCUUGCGCUUCAGAUCCGGAAGCUCGAGCCGGAGGGCUUCAAGCUUGACGGGGUCGUUACCGUCAUCGACUGCAAGAACUUCAAGGGAUACGAGGACACGUCUCCGAGCGCAAAGCUGCAGGCAAAGUACACCGACCUCCACCUGCUGUCGAAGCACGAGCAGUGCACCGAGCGAGAGUUCGACAUCCUGCUCGACCAUCUCGGCGAGCUCACCGACCAGACACCCUACAUCAAGGUCUCUAAGGACAAGCCGAUCCGGCCCGAGGUGCUGUUUGGACUCGACACCCAACUCUUCAAGCUCGAGGACGAGCAGAACACCUGGGAGGCGCUCGGCGGUGAGGGCAAGCACAUGGACGAGGUCGAGACGCGGAGUGUGUGGCGCGGCGGCGCCCAGCCGGGCAAGCACGAGCACGCCGAGGGCGAGACGUGCAAGUCGUGCCCGAAGGGUGAGGCCGUAGAGGGCGGUCUUCUCUCGCGCGACCAACUCGACGCAGCGCUCAAGCUUCCCUUUGAGAUCUACCGCGUCAAGGGCAUCGUCCGCUUCCCCGCUGAGGAUGGCAAGCGCGCCGUGAACGGUGAGGCGAAGAACUACGAAACCUACAUCCUCAACUGGGCCUUUGGCAACUACGACCUGACUCGUGCGCCGAAGCUUGAUGAUGCUCCUGACCUCGAGGGUGUUGUCUGCCGCCUGACAGUGAUGGGCGAGCGGGGUGAGGUCAACCGGAAGGCGAAGAAGAUUGCGGAGGCGCUGGGCGCACAGUACGCAUAG